UAUCAGGUGAGGCCCAUGGCCACAAGACACCUUAUGUGAAGAAUGGUCACACUCUGCCUGUAGGAGUUGGUGGACGUCUGGGGCUAGAGCAGAUUCACUCGCCCUCUGAAUCCGAAUUUAGAGUCAACCCUGUCUGGCUGCCACAACCCGAUGACCGCAGAGGUCGUGCCCCUUCUGACGGGGAUCAUCGCGGAGCAUUGGGCCCCCGGGCCUCCAAUCAGGAUGAAGGCAGGAGAAGUGGUUGGUCUGUUGGGACAGAGGACUGGAAAUCUAAUCUGGCCUGGCAAGGAGAUGAUAUCCGACAUGGAAGACUGAAUGCUGAAGUGGACAAGAGGCCUGGGCUAAUGAAAGCCCCCUCUGAGGAUGGACGCAGGACUCGCCCCGAAUCGGACUGGAAGCCAACGCUUCCUCGCCACUCGUCUGUCGAAGAGGGAAGGGGAAGACGAGGUUUGUGGGAUCAAUUCUAAUCAUUUUUCUUUAGUUCCCUUUCUACCUUCCUCUUCUUUGUUCUCCACACUUCCACCAUCACUUCCUCACCUUCUGUUGGGCCAACUGGAGUGAGACGAGUGUCUGUGUUCCCAUGGGUUCUGCUCCAGCUAAGGUUCUUAUUUAGGAGCUGAGCACAGCUAAGCUGAAUUCUCCUGUUCUUUCCUAAUUAAUAAACCACAGU